AUGAAAAAGGAAAUUUGGUUUCCAAGCAGUGACAUGCUAUAUGAAGUACUACCGAAAUUGUCUACUAAGGAUUUGCUGAAAUUGAAGUGUGUAUCAAAGGGAUGGCAAUGUCUUAUGUCUGACCGUAGUUUCAUCCAAGGACAGUUGAAAAAGAUGGAACCUCUCACGGGUUUCUUCUAUCAGGGUAGGUACCAGUGGUGUGAUGAAGAUUAUGACUGGAUCAGCUUCAUACCUAUAGAAAGAGUUACCACGGAAGUCCAUAUUGAUGUUCUUGAUUUCCUCCCAGAACGUAUUGUCAUCCAGGAUUCAAGUUAUGGACUAAUCUGUUGUCGAAGUAGCUUUCCUUGUGAUGUUCCUGUAAUCUACAUCUGUAACCCGCUGAAUAAGGAGUGGAAAGAACUUCAGUGGCCAAAUCCUUCCAGAGAAAGCUGCAUAACCUUGGUUUUUGAUCCAUUCAAGAACCCGAUUGAUGCAUUCACAAGUUUUAAGGUUGUGAUAGUUAGCCAAAAUGAAACCAGCACAGAAGGAGAUGGAUGUUUCUCUUUUAACAUUUAUUCAUCAGAAACAGGAGAAUGGAGAAUAUCCGGAGAGAUUUGUCUUUGCAAUCACAACAUGCAGAAAAAGGGAUGCAUCUGUGUAACAGGGAUUCUGUAUUGGCUUACUGAUGGAGACGAAAUCCUUAUGUUUGAUCCAGAAAAUGAGAUAUCUUGGUUGAUAAUGGUACCACUUCCCACCAACCAGUUCAAUUUAACACCCGAGAUGUGCAUGGGAGAAGCUGAAGGGAAGCUACAUUAUGUGUUAAUAUCUGAGCACGGACUUCAAUUGUGGGUGCUGAAGGAUCAUUUUACUUCUCAAUGGGAUCUUACUUUUACGAUCUCUUUGGAAUUGCUGGAAAAAGAAAACAACAAGUAUCUAUUCAAGAUAGCUGAAAAGUUGGCAAGAGACUACAAUUCAGGGUAUCCUUGGAUCGGGACUCUAGCUUUCAAGGACAACAUCUUGCUUAUGAGGGUUGCAGCUGAUAUCUACUUGUAUCAGUUUGAGACGAAGAAGAUGCGACACCUCUGCAGCCUUUCUGCUCUUGCACCAAAGCCUUUCUUUUGUGCUACUGUGGUUCCAUAUACAACGAGCUUAGUUCCACUUGCUUAG